UGCUGGAAACGUGUCACUUCUGGGCGGGAAACAAAUUUCUCUGCUAAAUCACACAGCAAAAAAUAUAUAUAUAUACAGUGCCAGAUGUUCCCUCUAUUGUUUUUGGCCUACGUUGUAGCCGUUAAGGUAUUCAAGAAGACCACCCCAAAUGGCAAAGUUACGGUAUAUCUGGGCAAGAGAGACUACAUCGACCACUUAGAUCACACUGAUCCCAUCGACGGCGUUGUCGUCGUAGAAAAUGACUACCUUCAAGGUCGCAAGGUCUUUGGUCAGGUCACGACAACCUACCGCUAUGGUCGCGAGGAGGACGAAGUUAUGGGAGUCAAGUUCAGCAAAGAGCUGGUAUUAUGUCGUGAUCAGUUAAUACCAGUGAAAAAGGAGAAGCAGGAGACCACGUCGAUUCAGGAGCGCUUGCUGAGGCGCCUGGGUGCGAAUGCGUAUCCGUUCACCUUCCACUUUCCGCAGACAGCUCCGUGCUCCGUCACUCUCCAGCCUGGCGAUGACGAUCAGGGAAAACCACUGGGAGUCGAUUACACCGUGAAGAUAUUCGUUGGGGACAAUGAAGAGGACAAGGGACACAAAAGGUCCUCUGUAGCACUGGCCAUCAAGAAACUGCAAUAUGCUCCGCCGACGCGAGGUCGCCGACUUCCCAGCUCUUUGAUUUCCAAGGGAUUCACCUUCUCCCAAGGCAAAUUGAGCCUGGAAGUUACAUUGGAUAAGGAGAUCUACUAUCACGGCGAGAAGGUCACAGCAAAUCUUACAAUUACGAACAAUUCGCGAAAGGCAGUGAAAAACAUUAAGUUGUUUGUAGUCCAGCACUGCGAGGUGACUAUGGUGAACGCGCAAUUUUCGCGACACGUGGCUAGCUUGGAGACUCGCGAGGGUUGCCCGAUCACACCGGGAGCGUCCUUUACGAAACAAUUUUAUCUUGUGCCUUUGGCCAGCAGCAAUAAAGAUCGUCGUGGCAUCGCUCUCGAUGGACAUCUCAAAGAUGAUGAUGUAAAUCUGGCAUCUUCAACUUUAGUCGCCGAGGGCAAGUGCCCAGCUGAAGCUUUGGGUAUCGUGAUCUCUUACUCUGUUCGAGCCAAGUUGAACUGCGGUACCCUGGGUGGCGAGCUGGUCACCGAUGUUCCAUUCAAACUGAUGCAUCCUACCCCUGGCGCUAUUGAGAAAGAAAAGGCUAUACUUAAGAAGAGCAAGAGCACUGACAGGGCACGAUACGAGAACUCUUGCUACGCCAACGACGAUGAUGAUAACAUCGUAUUCGAAGAUUUCGCUCGUUUGCGCUUGAAUGAAACGGAGUAAACCGAAGGUCGCUUCUAACUAGCGACCGAUUAUUUCAAAAGAAUCCUGAGCUUUCUGCUCGUAGUGGAUUAUUUCUCACGUUCGCAAUUGAAUUUUUAAGUGUUAAAAUUAAACAAUAAAUUAUUACAAGUUGUAUAAAUAUAUAAAAACUUAAAAUUAAAUUAUUUUACAUAAUUUAUUUAAAAAUGUUUUAGUGGAUUCUUUUGAUGUGGUUUUUAGCGAACGAGUUGUAUUAAGAAAGCGUAGGUAAAAAACAUUUUUAAGAUUAACAAUAUAUUACGAAACUGCUACCGAGAAAAAAAAAUAACGAAAAACUACAAAAAAAACGAAAAGAUAAUAACUAAAUAAUAAAAUGCGUCUCGAAAUUUCUGUACGAUGGUGGUGAUCGAACAGAAAUUUACAGCGAGACGAAUAAAAAAAGAAAGAUAUCAAGUAAGCUUAAUAAAUAAUUGAUGUUUCGUUAAGUUUGAAAAUCCCGUCUUACCAGAAGUGACAUGGUAUAUUAUUUGUCCUAAUUAAUUUCCUAUGUUUUACCGUAUUUCACAUUCAACUGUUUAUUUAUUAUUCAAGAAUUGAUUAACGGUACUGUUCAGUUGCAGUUACAUUAGAAAAUACAUAUAAAACUGUAAAAAUGCA